GCGAUGGCUGGCUCCCUAUUGCUGGAGAAUUCAUUUGCGAGUUUGUAGAAUCUGGUAGGUUGGUUAGGAAUGCGAUGAGAGGGAUCAAUAAUCUAGCUAAUGUCUGUCAAGAGUUGCACGGGCUUCGGAGACACUACACCUUCGAGACUCCUCCGAAUGGAUAUACUGAAGAAGAUAUGCAGAUGGGAUUCAUAGCGACAGAUUGGAUGAUCUCUACAAUACAUGAUAUUUGCACAAAUCAUAUCGAAGGAUUUACGGAGCUUCUUGGAUGGAUGUCUCGAGAAAAUCGCCUACUUGUCGAAUUCGCUUUCAAAUCUCUCAACCUUGUCUACCGUGCCAUUACUGAAAAUCCAGGAGGGGGUGCAAAUAUGGCUGAUGAAGAUAAUGAUGAUGGUGAAGAUGAUGAUGAUAACGAAGAAGAAGAUGCUGAUCAAGGGUGUCAAGUCCCGUGUCCCGUUUGCCCCGUUGUCCCGUUUUUUGAGUGUUUUUACGGGAACGGGACGUCCCGCUGUCCCGUUUUUGUAAUUUUUACGGGACAUUGACACCCUUGAUGCUGAUGAAGGAGGUGACGACGACGAAGAAGAAGGGAACCAAGAUGUAGCCAUGGACUUUCAUGAGCAAAACCUUCUUGAUCAGCGGGGAAGAGAGGACAAUACAGAUUCAGAACACGAGGUACAAAACGAUUCGGAUUAUAGCUCGAAUAGCACUAAAAGUCAUUCCCGUAAUCCAUCGGUUUCCUCAGUUCUUGCUACUAAUAAUCAAAAAUCGGAUGAUAAUGAAUCAACGAAGCUUUUCGCCACGAAACUCUCCGAACUCGAAGCAUACCGAACAAUGUGCAAGGAUCAGAUGACAUCAAUCGAAAGACUUCUGGAACAAGGUGGAGCCAGUUGUAUUGUACCACAAGCCACGAUUCUAUCAGUAAAAGCAACACAUUUAGCAACAAUGACAACUUCUACGAUUAUUGCAAGACCUGAUAUUGAUGUGAUAAUGAAUUCAAACGAAGCCACCACGAGCACAGUUCUGAAGGCUCGUCACGUCGACUUUGUGCACAAGACGUCGAUUCACCACACCAACGACUUGACGCUCAUCGACUUGGUGCUCAAUGUGCAGUGGCGUUUGGCUCUCCCAUCCGACGCGAACUUCGUCUUGAAGUACAAAAAUAAACAAGGCGAUUUGGUGACACUCGUCGUGGAUAGCGACCUCCUGAUGGUUCUUCACACGUCUGGAGCCACGUUCGACGUGACCGUCGUUGUCGACUCAAGAAAUCGUGAAAUCGACGUUGGAAAGAUCAUCGACGCUCUCCGAAAGAGCUUUGAAGCGGCUCCACAAUCGACAGUACCUUCCGAGAAAACUCCACCAUCGCAUACUCCAUCGCCACAAUCGUUGCGAGGACCCCCCGCCGCCAGUAUCAAGUUCUCCACGAAACUCUCUCCUGCUGGCUUUUCAUGCACCCGGAUUUCAAGCUCAAGCUCAACAAAAACGCCGAAAAAUAGGAUGCUCGACACUCUCCGCUGCCUCCAGCACUCGUGUAUGCCAGUUCGCCGAACACUGAAAAUGAGGCCUCACCAACAUCGCCACUUGCUGUAUUUUAAAGUAUUUAAAAAAUUGAGACAUUUUUAUUAUAUUUUGUGACAUUUUUAUUAUAUUUUGUGACAUUUUUAUUAUAUUUUGUGACAUUUUGAUUAUAUUUUGUGACAUUUUUAUGAUAUUUUGUGCCAUUGUUAUUAUCAUAUGUUCUCUAACCAUGAAUCUGUGUGAAUGUGA